GGGCUGGGCCCGGCAGGCCCGGGGGCGGACUUGCUGCGCGGCGUCACCCUCGGGGAGCUGGCGGACCAGCUGGCCGAGCUGAGCCUCGCCGACCUGGACGUCCUCAACAAGGCGUGCGAGCACGGCAAGGCGCCGCCGGACAGCUACAUGUGCCACCUGUGCUUCAACAAGGGCCACUACAUCAGGGACUGUCCCCAGGCGCGACCCAAGGGGGACGGCCUGACGCCGUACCAGGGCAAGAAGCGCUGCUUCGGGGAGUACAAGUGCCCCAAGUGCAAGCGGAAGUGGAUGUCCGGGAACAGCUGGGCCAACAUGGGCCAGGAGUGCAUCAAGUGCCACAUCAAAGUCUACCCUCACAAGCAGAGGCCGUUGGAAGACCCAGAUGGCUUGGACAAGUCGGAUCAGAGCAAGGUCCAUCCCCAGCACUUGUGCGAAAAGUGCAAGUCUCUUGGCGUUUACUGUCGGAAGGUACAGUAAAAUUAAUAUUGUAAGUUCUAAGUAUGAAAGCUGUAAGUUUAAGAAAGGGAAUAAGAAGACCAUGAUAUAGUAAAUAUUGUUGAGUCUGUUUUAAUAGUCAUCGACUAGCAAUAAAAGUAGAAGUAAUCUUAUCAGCAUUCCCAAUGAGAAAAUGCUCUUAAGUUGGAGAUAAUUCUCCAUGUACAAUCAAAAAAAUCUAUGAAAUGGAGAGUAUUCCACAUGGAUUUAUAGUUUUCUUAAGUUUUGUAGUCUGAAUCUUAUGGUGCUCGUUAUGUUUUUUAGAUGACGCUAAUCUGCAAGAUAAGCUUUUCAUCUUUUCUGCCUGUUCUCCCAUGUACAUGUAAAUAUACUUUUUUUCUCCUGUUGCCUAUGAUUAUUGCUCUUAUGUAUCAGUCAAAGAGAAGAAACCAAUGUUAUUGUAGUUAUUGCCCUAUCAAGUAUGUAUUGUAAAUCACAUAAUCAAAUCUCUACCUAAGGCAAUGAAAAUUUUCUAAUUUUGUAAAAAAAUAAUGUAAUAUUGCAAUAAAGUUUCUGCUUUUUUCCA